AUGCCCUGCUCAUCGAUCCUCACAAACUGGCAAUUCCAACUCUUGACCAACGACACCUCGCUUCCAAUCGCCUCCAACACAUUGUAUAAUGCGACUGUGUCAACCACAGGCCAUCAAAUCCACCUGGAUUUGCAAUUCAACAACCUAGUCCCCGACCUUUUCCACGAUGACAACGAAGUUAGCUUGCAGUGGAUAAGCAACGCGACUUGGAAAUACCGAGCUGUGUUUGAUGGCUGCGCCAACGACGAUGCUGCGACUAAUUCGUCAGCGCACUUGAUAUUUGAAGGGUUGGACGCCAUAGCGCGCGUGACGUUGAACGACAACGACUCGAUUCUAAAUUCCUCAAACGCAUUCCAUCGCCAUGUGGUUCCCCUACCUCAGCCGCAAUCGCCCCACGUGCUAUCGAUUGAGUUUGAAUCUGGAUGGCAGCAUGGAAAAAAGUUGGAGCGGGAGUGGGGCCGCAAAGAGUGCUGGAAUGGUGAUUGUUCGCGUGUUUAUCUGCGUAAGCCCGCGUACCAGUACGGGUGGGAUUGGGGGCCCACAUAUUUGACUUUGGGGCCUUGGCGACCCGUCACGUUGGUCUGUGGCGAUUUUAUAGAGGAUUUCUUUGUCAAGUAUGAUUUGAACGAGGAGAUGACGGAGGCCAAAUUGACGUUUGAGAUUCGCGCGAGGUUAGCGAAACCCCGCACUAGGGGGGCACGAAUCGUAAUUUAUGAUCCGCGCGGUGUCGAGGUUGAUGUAAUUCCGAUUGAACAAGUUAAAGUGGAUGACUUUUGCGUUGUUGAGUAUCUCUUGCACGAUGUCGAGUUGUGGUAUCCUUAUAAGUUCGGGGUCCCCACGUUGUACACGUUUGAAAUGUACUUUGAUUAUGAUGAUGAUAGUGUGUUGAUGUCGGUUGAGAAAAUCGGAUUCCGCAAAGUGGAACUUGUUCAAACUCAGGAUGAAUUUGGCGAGUCCUUUUAUUUCAAAGUCAAUGGAGUCGCCAUCCAGAUGCUUGGAUCGAACUGGGUUCCACAACACUCGUUCCACUCUACUGUUAAACCCGUAGAUUACGCAAAUAUUCUACGGCGAGUUGUUGAUUCGAAUCAGAAUAUGAUUAGAGUGUGGGGCGGCGGCCAAUACGAAAACGACGAGUUUUAUUCAUUGUGCGAUGAGUUGGGGAUCAUGAUAUGGCAAGAUUUCAUGUUUGCCUGUGCCAUAUACCCACUGGCACCAAUCGUCAAUCUGGUGGAAAAAGAAGUACGCGAUCAAUUGCAGAGAUUGCGAAGAUACGCAAGUAUAGUGAUUUACGCGGGCAAUAACGAGGACUAUCAAAUCGCCGAUGCAUUAAAAUUAGACCAGCUGAACAUUACCCAGUUUCCAGCUCGCGUUAUUUAUGAAAAAGUUAUUCCCGAGGCCAUACAUAAACUAGCAAACCAAGUCAUCUACCGGUAUGGAUCACCGUAUUCUGAUCCAUCGCAUAGCUCAUACGACGUAUCGAUUGGCGACUCGCAUCAAUGGCUAGUAUGGCAUGGACCACGAUUACCCUAUCAAGAAUGGCCUCAAUUGAGUGGCAGAUUUGUCAGUGAAUUCGGCAUGCUCGCCUUCCCCUCUUACAAUACACUUGCGAGCCACAUUUCACCCGAUCAGCUUUACUUUAACCUGACCAUGGUCAAUUUCCACAACAAAGCCAUGAAUGGCGUAGUGAAUUCGAAACAUUACGUUGAGCAAAACAUCCACAUUCCGUCCAAUUGCACCCUCGAAAGAUGGGUCUACUUGACUCAGCUAAUGCAACUGGAAGCUAUUUCACUAGCAUUUCGCGUGUGGAGAAGGAAAUGGCACAAGCGUGAAGUUGGUGGGAUCUUGGUGUGGCAAUUGAACGAUUGUUGGCCGGCCAUCUCGUGGUCGAUUAUUGGAUAUGGCAAUGUUCCGAAAUUGAGCUACUAUGGAGUCAGGCGGGAGCUGGCCGAUUUCGCCAUUGCAGGCUACGUGUAUUCUAAACCUAGACGCCGACAUGGCGAAAAGGCACAAGUGGUUCUCAAGGAAGAGGAGGAGGAAGAAGAAGAAGAAGAAUGGGAGUUGGAUGUAUGGGGGUUUGGAGUGGGGUGCAACAUGACGUUGGCAAUACGCGCAUACAAUUCCACCACGGGCCACGUUACCGACUCAUCAACCACCCCACGUUUGAAUUUUUCUUUUAAUAAAGUCAAUUCCAUCUUGACUGGGUAUACUCCCCACUGGUUGAAAAAGGCGACGAUUGUUGAACUCAGGCUUUUCCAUGCAGACGGCACUCUCGCGGCGGGAUCGAGUAUCUGGCCACAGCCAUUAAAGUCGAUAGACUGGGUCAGUCUAAACAAGGACUUGCUGCUUGGAAUGGAAGUCGUCCGACGAAGAAACGACACUUUGAUUAUCUUGUCUACAAACAAACCGGUCAAGGGAUUGGAGGUGUACGUUCCAGGACGGGAUUUGGAGAUAAGCGACAACGGCAUAGAUUUGUUUCCGGGCGAUAACCAGACUCUUGUGAUUGGAAAUUUGCAAGAGAAAGAUAGGAGUGGAAUCCGAUAUAGACACUUGUGA